AUGACUUCGAGGUGUUUGCGGGUGUUGACUAGCGCAACGGGGGUUAUUGCACAGAACAGAGCAAGAGCGUUCUCAACAGCGUCUGCCACUCGGCAAAGCGAUACGCGUCCACCAUUCAACACUGCUCCUGCCUUCCAUGUUACUCAACACCCAGAUGAAGAAUGGAAACUCGGGGAUGGUAUGCGAACAACAACUGAGCUUGGUGCAAGAUGGAAGAAAGACGAGAAAGCUGGGUGGAAGACAAUGAACUUUGCUGAGAUGGAGAAGCCGCUAAUCUACAAGAUGUUGACCUCUGCCAUUGUCCCCCGGCCUAUUGCAUUUGUCUCGACCAUCUCAGAGACAGGCGUCCCAAAUCUUGCUCCAUUCAGUUAUUUCUCUUUGGUAGCACAUAAUCCACCAUUGGUCAGCGUAUCCUUCACCCUGCCCGCAAAUCGGCCCAAAGAUACUCGGGAAAACAUUAAAGCCACCAAGGAGUUUACGGUCAACAUCAUCAGUGAACCGUUUGUUGAAGCCGCAAAUUCGGCUUCGGUUGAAGCUCCAGCUGACGUUGAUGAAUGGAUAGUCAGUGGACUAACCCAGGAGCCAAGCGAUGUAGUGAAACCACCUCGUGUACGCGAAAGCGCCGUAAGCUUUGAAUGCGAGCUCUUCCACUUUCUCGACAUCUCUCCCUCUUCAACUGGACCAAGCCUUCCCGACGCAACCAACUCCCUCGUCCUCGGCCGGAUCCGCCGUGCACAUGUCCGGAAUGCCGUCCUCGCCUCCGACAGUCUGCAAGUUGACACUGCAGCUUUACGCGCUGUGUCGAGGUUAGGUGGAACUGCGUAUGCACGGAUUGGUGAAGGGUUCGAGAUUCCUCGGCCGAGUUGGAGGAAGGAGGAGGGCACCAUUCGAGAACUGAUGAAAAAGGGUGGAAGGCAAGUCGAUGAUUGA